GCUUCCCAGCACCAUGUCGGGAUCAGGCCCAGCCAUGGCGUCACUAGAGCCAGGCCUCACCGGGUCCCUGAACCAGGGCCAAGCCCAGACUUACAGCACCGGCGGGAGCCCCGUGCCCCUGCAGCGCCCUGACACCCGGGACCAGACCCACCUGGACAAACUCAUCAGCAUCCCCAAGGAUGGAGGGCCUGGUUUCAGCUUUAGGAAACUCUGGGCUUUCACCGGUCCCGGUUUCCUCAUGAGCAUCGCUUACCUGGACCCUGGCAACGUGGAGUCGGAUCUGCAGUGUGGGGCAGUCGCAGGGUUCAAGCUGCUGUGGGUGCUGCUGUGGGCCACCAUCCUGGGGCUGCUGUGCCAGCGCCUGGCCAUCCGGCUGGGCGUGGUGACGGGGAAGGACCUGGCCGAGAUUUGCUACCUCUAUUACCCCAAGGUGCCCCGCAUGCUGCUAUGGCUCAUGAUAGAGCUCGCCAUCAUCGGCUCCGACAUGCAGGAGGUGAUCGGGACAGCCAUCGCCUUCAGUCUGCUCUCGGCUGGCCGCAUCCCCCUCUGGGGUGGGGUCCUCAUCACCAUCGUGGACACCCUCUUCUUCCUCUUUCUUGACAAGUACGGGCUCCGCAAACUGGAAGCUUUCUUUGGUCUUCUCAUCACCAUCAUGGCCCUGACCUUUGGCUACGAGUACGUGGUGGUGAGACCGAAUCAGGUGGAGGUGUUGAAGGGCAUUUUCCUGCCCUACUGCCCAGGCUGCGGGCGAGAGGAGCUGCUCCAGGCCGUGGGCAUUGUUGGCGCCAUCAUUAUGCCCCAUAAUAUCUUCCUCCACUCCUCCUUGGUCAAGACACGUGCGAUUGACCGGUCCAAGAAGGAGGCAGUGCAGGAGGCCAACAUGUAUUUCCUGACUGAGUCCUGCCUGGCCCUCUUUGUCUCUUUCCUCAUCAACCUCUUUGUCAUGGCUGUCUUUGGUGAGGCGUUCUACCACCAGCAAAACAAGGAUGUGCACAACAAGUGCAUCAACAGCAGCAUCAGCCGCUACACCAGCAUCUUCCCCGACAACAACGAGACAGUCUCUGUAGAUAUCUACCAGGGGGGUGUCAUCCUGGGCUGCUAUUUUGGAGCAGUGGCACUGUACAUCUGGGCCAUCGGGAUCCUGGCAGCAGGGCAGAGCUCCACAAUGACCGGGACCUACGCGGGACAGUUCGUCAUGGAGGUGAGGGACGGAGAUGCUGGCCCUCGCCCCCAACAGGGCUUCCUGCAGCUCCGCUGGUCCCGCUUCGCCCGGGUGGUCUUCACCCGCUCCUUUGCCAUCCUGCCCACCGUUUUUGUGGCUGCCUUCAAGGACGUCAGCCACCUGACAAGCAUGAACGACCUGCUCAACGUCCUCCAGAGCAUCCUGCUGCCCUUUGCCGUCUUGCCCGUCCUCACCUUCACCAGCCUGCGCCCACUGAUGCAGGACUUCACCAACGGCCUCCCCUGGAAGGUGCUGAUGACCCUCAUCACAGCGCUGGUCUGUACCAUCAACAUCUACUUCGUGGUGGAUUUUCUGCCCUCGCUGCGGAGCCUGGGGUACUACAUCCCCCUGAGCCUGCUGCUGGCUGCCUACGUGGCUUUUGUCGCCUACCUGAUCUGGACUUGCAGCAUCGCGCAUGGAGCCAGGUUCCUUGCACAUGGCCACCACAGCCGGUUCAGCUUCGGUGUCUCCCUCGAUCCGCCAGUGCUGGCAGGGACCCGGUGACAGACUCCGUCCCCUCUUACUGUCGUCCCUCCCGCCCCCCUGCCCAGCACAGCCCCCCGCUGCGGGCACUGAUUUGAGGCCGCGCCCUGGGAAUUACGUUCUGCCUAGAAGCGCACCCAGCAAGGAAGGGGUUAACUGUCGGGCAGACGUUCCACAACCUUUUAAUGUUUCCGUCCCUGCCCCCCGCAAGUUCAGGGGGGCUGUGCUGGUCCACGCUGGAUGCUGCGGGGGAGGAAGCAGCGGGAGGUGUCCCCAGCCCUUGUCGCAGAGGCUUCAGUGAUUGAGCCGCCCCGGAGACCUUCCCUCCUCAUUAGUGCCAGGAACCGUCGGUCCCUAGGACCGCUAAUUACCGCCCGGGACCGCUAAUCACCUCUCGGGACCGCUAAUCAUCAUCCCUCCCCAUCCGAGGGUGGCGGGGCCAGCCCCAGCGGAGUCGGGGCCACCAGUCCCGCUGCCCGGCACCGGCCCCAGCCUGUGGACCGGACGGGCCGGAGCUACACGGGUGGCUCCUAAACUCGGGGCGGGAAGGAGGGGGCGGCUCAUAAGUAGCAUGUUUGUGACCUGGCCUCAGCCUCGCUACUACUGCGCGCCCCGAGGCGGGGACCCUCCAUGGCCGCCCCCCGUGCCCCAAACCGAGCACUUUGCCCCGGGCUGAGGGGUUCGGCGGGGGUCUGCAUAAACCCACGCGUGGCCGUGGGAGUAGGGGAUUUGGGGCUUAACCCCAGCCCUUUGCAUUCCCUCGAGAAGGGGUGGGGGGCCCCCACCAACCCCUCCCCGCCCCGGAUGCCCCGUUUCCCGCCUGCCGGCCCCGCCGGAUGCGGGGCAGCUCGGGGCCCCCCCAGGGGUGACAGUCGGUGCCCCAAGGCCCGAACCCCGGGUGGGGGGGGUCCCGAGGGCUUCGCCCCCCGUCGCGGCCCGAACUUGCGAGACGCUCCCUGGCUGUUUCAAGGCUCCCCCCGCUUCCCAGCACCCCCCCCACACCCCAAAAAAUCCCUCUUCCCAAACCAGGCUGAUCGGGGGGCUGAGGAGAUUGGAAUUUAAGGGGGGGACGAACCCCACCCCUGCCCGUGCUUCCCCCCCCGGCCCCUUUCACCGGGCAGGGACCCCCUCCCUGCUCCCGGGGGCCGCACUUGUUUAUGUGAAGAAUUUCCCCUUCCUUAAAAGGGCGAUGCCCGUCGGAGGGGCGGUGCCUCCCCCCGCCACCGCGUUGGCCCGGCCUCGGGUGGCUGGAAGGAGGAGCCAGAGCGGUGGGGCCCACCGAAAGGCGGGGCCGUCCCCUCCUUCGCCGGGGCUGCCAGGGGCUGUGGGGAGAAGUAGCAGGAACCGCUCUCUAGCACGGUACCUUCCCCAGACUGGGGUGCCCCUGCCGGAGGGGGCCAUCAGGGACUGGGAGGGCCGGAGGUCUGGGAGAUGCUGGGGUCUGCAGAGUGCAGGGACCAGCUCAACGGCUUAUUUUGCGGUGGCAGAGGUCACUGGGUCUGUGCCUGCGGGGAUCACUUUUCUCUGGCCAGGAGUCCCAGCCCAGGGCACCCCUAUCUCGGGGGCACCUAACUGGCCUGGGUCUUAGCAGGAGGUGUUCAGCCACAGGCCCCAGCCACAAGGCAGCAGUUGGUGGGACAGAGCUCCCGUGGCCAUGGUUAGCUUGUGGGAACAGGGAAAGCAUCUGGGACCCCAGCCUGGGGACAGUGGGGUCACACAGAGAAGUCCCUCAGUGACCACCCAUGGUAGCCCAGUGCUUUUCUGCCCUGUGCCCACAGCCCGUGCACCUAGCUGGGUUCUGCCUGUUCCUGGCCUGGGGGUACAGGAUGAGGAGGUCCCUAAAGCUCCAUAUCCCCAGGUUGUCCCACAACCCCAGGAUGUGGACAACUUCCUCCUGAGCUCCCCAGCUGCCCGGUCUACCCCUGAGCAGGCAGCAAAGCUGGAAGCGAUGCUCCAACUGCUGCUACAGGCAGCUGGCCUGCAGAUUUUCCUAAUUACAUUAAUUAGAAGACAAGCAGGGCUUGGCUUAGCUGAGGCUGUUGCCUGCGUGUGGCUCAUCAGGGAGGGAAGAGGAGGAUUCAGACAGAGAGACAGAGGUCCUGGAGGGGACAGUGUGUGGCCUCCACGGCUGUCCCCAUAUUAAACAGUGUCCCCUGACACCGCAGGCAGCAGAGCUCGUCCCAGCCAACCUACCGGGGAGGAGGCAGGCAUCCUGCCCGGCCCCACCUGGGCUAAAGGAACAGCACAGGUCAGCCUGAAACAGAGAGUGAAGGAAGCACAGCCUUUUAUUUCCUCUUCCUCGCCCGAGGCAGGGUGGCAGUGCCGGCUGUCUGGCCGGUGAGCCGGCUGCCUCCCUGUCCAGCGCUGCCGAGGGGUGGGAAACUGAGGCACGAUCGCUGCCCACCCUCGGAGCAGACGGAGGGGGUGGCAGGACGCCGUGUCCCGGUUCCCAGCCGCAGCCUGGUUCCUACCGUGACUUCCCCCGUCUUCGUGGUGCCGGGAUGCCCCGCACAGAGCUGGGAGCUUUUGCACCCCCAGAGUUUCCACCGCCUGCCCGCUCCCGUCGGCCCUGCAGCAUCUUAAUUCCCCGGGGAUUGUGGAGGGACUUCCCGUCUCCCUACCUCAUUUCCCAGAGGGGUCACCGGUGGGCAUGUGCUGUGCCCCGUUGUGUCCCAGGCUGGCAGAGGGUACAGGUUCCCCUUCCAGCCCCGUUCCCCAGGGGUUGCUCCCACCGUACGGGGAUGGCUCAGCCCUGGGGAGCCGGAGGGGCAGAGCGGUCCUCGGGGGGCUGCCGCCGCGGGCAUCGCUGCCUCCCAGGUCCCCCCGGGACAGAAAUAAUGAUUUCAGCCUCUGAAGUUCCUAAUCCACAGCUGGGAGAGGUGGAAAGAUCACGAGCAAGCUCAGAUGGGGCAUUUCCAACCUGCUCUGCCCCAGCCUCACGCUCACGGAGGAAGCAGCAUCUCCGGCCAUCGAGACGAUGAUCAGGACCCGCUGGAAGCCACCGGGGCCGGACGCUGCCCGGGGACCCCAUCGCGGUACUGAACUGCCCUGGCAAGGCCCA